CCUGCAUCAGAAACCGAGCCCGAAAUCACCUCACGGGCCCGGGCUUUCGAGCAAGUUUGUCAGGCGAGCCUGGCACAACUGCAGUAAAGGAGAAGCAUAUAAAGCUCUCAUCGUUCCCGCCUCUUAGUAUAGGUAGUUCAAACCUCUAAUCAACAACAUCCCACCGUGAACAAGACGCUCAAAAUGACAACAUCCGCUGAAACCGCGAACGGGGCUAACGCUGCCCCAAGCGCCGAAGACCUCAAGGUCUAUGAGCUGUCCCAAAAGUACACGGCCGAAGUGGCCAAACGUUUCCGCCCAGAGGGCCUCGACCAGUUCGUUCGCCUCAAGGACGCCGGCAGCGAGCGGUUCCGCGCGCUCGCCGAAGACCCUUGGGUUGACCACGUUGCCUUGAAUGCGAAGCCGCCCGUCAAGGACGGCUCUAAAUACAAGUUUGUGAUCCUCGGCGCCGGAUACGCCGGCAUGAUGUACGCCGUUCGCUUGAUCGAAGCCGGCCUCGCGAGCGGGCCCGACGAUAUCCGCCUCAUCGACGCCAGCGGCGGCUUCGGCGGCACUUGGUGGUGGAACCGCUAUCCCGGCCUGCACUGCGACAUCGAGAGCUACAGCUACAUGCCGCUGCUCGAAGAGACCGGGUACAUCCCGACUAAGAAGUACGUAUCCGGCUCCGAGCUGCUGGAACAUGCCGACCGUAUUGCCACGCAAUGGAAGCUGCACGACAAGGCGCUUUUCCGAACGAACGUGAAGACCGCUCGGUGGGACGACGCCACUCAGUUGUGGAAUGUCGAAGUCACCGAGGGGCGUGGGCCUGGCGAGCAGAACCGCGACCUGACGCUUCAGGGCCAGUAUGUCAUUAUUGCGUCUGGCGUGCUCACGAACCCGCAUGUCCCCAAGAUUCCCGAACUCGAGACCUUCUCCGGGCCCCUGUUCCACACGGCGCGCUGGGACUACAAGGCCACCGGCGGGACCCCACAGGAUGCCACUCUGACGGGCCUCGAGGGCAAGCGCGUGGGCGUUAUCGGCACGGGCGCAACCGCGAUUCAGGCGGUCCCCAGGCUCGCCAAGUACGCUAAGGAGCUGUAUGUGUUCCAGCGCACGCCGUCUGGCGUCUGGUGGCGUGGUCAGCGUGAGACUGACCCCGAGGAGUGGAAGACAAAGAUUGCCAGGAAGAAGGGUUGGCAACGGGAGCGGCGGCUGAAUUUUGAGACAUAUGUGACCGACAAUGUCCAGGAGGGCCAGGAGAACAUGGUCGCGGACGGAUGGACUGAGAUGCCCGGCUUCUCCGCCCUCCUCGGCUCUCCCAGAUACCCCCUUGUCGAGCCUACGCCGGAGAAGAUUGCGGAGCACAUCGGGCGUCUGUACAAGCUCGACGCACCUCACUCUGAGGCAGUGAGAGCGCGCACCGAUGAGAUCGUCAAGGAUCCCGAGACAGCCGCCAAGCUCAAGGCGUGGUACCCAACGUGGUGCAAGCGGGCGACCUUUAGCGACGAAUACCUCCAAGCCUUCAACCAGCCGAACGUGCACCUUGUCGACACCGACGGCAAGGGUGUCGACUCCGCGACCGCCAACGGGUUGGUGGUUGCCGGAAAGGAAUAUCCUCUCGACAUUCUCAUCCUGAGCACGGGUUACGUGACUCCGAGCAUUGGCGGCGGCAGCCCGGCGAUGCGCACCGGCAUCGACGUCUACGGCCGCGGCGGCCGGUCUCUGGAUGAGAAGUGGAAGAGCCAGGGCGCCUCCACGCUCCACGGCGCGUCCUCGAACGGGUUCCCCAACCUCUUCUUUGCGCCCCUUUCCCAGUCCAGCCACUCGGCCAACAACGUCUUCACCCUCGACGUCGGCAGCCAACACGCUGUCCAUAUCAUCGAGCAAGCCGAAGCCAAGGCCGGUGGCAGUGCCAUCAUCGAAGUGACGAGCGAGGCUGAGGAGGCGUGGGCCCUCGAGAUCAUGAAGCGUGCGCCCUGGUUCGCGAGUGUCAUGGUAUGCACACCGGGCUACAUCACAGCCGAGGGCGAGGCUCUGAAGCAGCCCGAGGAUCCGAUGGAGAUGGCCAAGAAUGCCAGGGCAGGUAACUGGACGCAGGGUAUCGUCACUUUCAUAGAGGCGUUGGAGGAGUAUCGUGCCGACGGGCAGCUCAAGGGAAUCGAUGUUGUAGCGAGGACGGCUUAGGCCGGUUCUGGGCGACACUUUGCUGUUUGAGCCUGCAGCAUUGUGCGUUGGUUUUUCCCGAUUUCAUAAAAUAGAUAAAUACAUCAAAUUCUCGAGGGACAACGCAAAAGCUUUGGGGGACUUUUUGAAAGUCGGAAGAAAUCCUUGGUUGAGAAAUGCGAG